GCUUGAUUUGCGUUUUUUAUUUUUUUUUUCGCGAUCAUUUAGGUUUUGCUUUUGCUUAUCUUUGCCCUCCGAAAGAGCGGAAUCAAAGUCAGUGCGAAUAUGAAUAUCCAAGAUGGACGAAUCCUGUCUUCAGUAUUGGAGUGCGUUAUGACAGAGCGCUGAGUCCUCGUCCCGCACCGAUUCCGAAGCGCCAUGAAGCGGUCGCGGGAGCGAACGCGGCGACGGGCGCCCGACGGCAGCCUUUUUCGCUUCGACAGUCCACCCCGGGAUGCGCAAGGAAAUCUGAUAAGCAGCACGAGCGGCGGCAAACAGCCGUUCCCCUUCAAUAUCUGGCAAGUCCGUCCAGAGCCGAUCGUGACAAACUUCUCGAAACUGAAGAACGUGAUUGCCGCGGACAGUUCGCUUUCUCUCGCGGUGGAUUAUCCUGAUUAAAAGCGUCCCCACACCAGAGUCAAGAUGGGGAUUUUGCAACACAAACCUAGGAGUUUUGGGAGUCACGCAUGACAAGUUUCAGUCCGUAAGGUAGUGCAAGUUAGCAAGGAAAGCCGCAUCACAAAUCGACCUGCUAAUCCUGUUUACAGCAUUACAAGUUCCCAAACAGGAUUGAAAAUGCCUGUCAUGGGGUUGCGCAUCACAAAUGUUCCUGUCAUGGCAAAUCUGCAUGACAACUCUGGGGUGGGGACGUUUUUACACAGGAUAUGGAUUGCCAGAUGGCGAUGUCGGAGCUGUACGUCGGAAAUCUGCCGCCCGGAAUAACCCCCGAUAUCAAAUGUAAAAAUGUCUGGGUCUGGAAGAAUGCAACUUGUGAUGCUAGUUUCGAUGUCUAAAAAAUUUGUGUUGCAUGAGCAGGAAAAGGAGUCUAAUUUUUGCUACGCGGAGAGGGCAUUUGUCAUACGGAAUGGGCAUCAAGAAUCCCCCAAAAAACCUGUGAUGCUAGGGCAUGCAUUACAGGCAUCAUGGGUCAUGAGAUGACAAAUUUUGCAUUCUUCCAGACCCAGACAUUUUUGCAUUUGAUACCCGAGCAGUUAAAGCAAUUCAUAAACCGCUGCGCGGCGGUGCUCGGGAUUGGACCGCAAGCGGGACUAGUGACCGCUAGCAACUACGAAGACACGUCAGACGAGAGCGGGGAGAGCGAAGGGGAAGAUGGGCAACCGGCGAAACAAUUUGCAUUCGGGUUCUCCUCCUCCAAUGGGCGCAGCAGCAAGCAGACGAAGACGCCGACGGGCGUCGUCGCAUCCGUGGCGAUGGCGUCGAAGGACCGAAAUUUUGCGUGGGUGACCUUCAGGAAGGACAGGUACGCACUUUUGUCUCUGCAAAUGAGCGGCAUUUAUUUGUGCGGUAAGAAGCUAAGGUUCGGUCGGACCUACGCACAAAUUCGUUUACGUGAAACAAAAAACUCCCUGCCCCACGACCAUGCUGCACUUUGCGGACACUUUGCUUCGCAUCUUUUGCAAAAUACUGAAAUCAAAUGGGACAAAAUUUGUACUUAACCUGCUUGGGGCAACCACAUUUUGCCACGCUUGCAUGCAACAUUGGAUCACCAAGCACGAGCAGGAAUAAAGCACUGGCUGUACUAGCACUAUUAUCCGCAAAAGAGUUGUGCAAGUGAAGGGAAAACAAAGUGCCGAUUUUUCGUAUCUACAUCCCAAUGAGGCGGAAGACCGCGGUCUGCUGGUCGAGGAACUGAAGGCUAUUCAGGUGGACCAGGCAAACGUUACCGUGGGCGCCAUGCAGCAGCAGAACGCGCAGCAGGCGGCCCUGGCGCAACAGCAGUUGCAACAGCAACCCUACAACGCGGCGGCGAUGCUGCCGAGUGGUUCGACGCAGAUGAACUUGGGGAUUCUGCAGGAUCAGAAGUACUGCCUGCACAACAUCCCGUCCAGCGUGGAGGAGGAAAAGAUCUCGCAGCUGCUCCGUACCUUUGGCCCGCUGAAGUAUUUCCAGGUGGUCAAGCUGGACGGACAAAGCAUCAAAGCGGCGUUUUUCGAAUUUUCCGACUACUUCACGCAGAAGAACGCGCCCGUGACGCUGCAAGGGCUCACGAUGGCGGGGAAUAAGCUGCAAAUUAUCACCCCGGAGGAGGCGUUUCAGGUCGGGUUCGGCCGCGGGAAAGUGUCCAUCGGGGAUAGGGUCAUCCCCUCGAAAAUCCUCUACAUUGGGAGUUUCAUUUCGGAGCAAGAACUCUGCAACGACGAGGAGUACGACGAAAUUUGUGCGGAUAUCAGGGACGAAUGUGCCACCUAUGGUAACUAUUGUUGUUUUUGAUCAGAGGAUUCUUGGUUUUUUGUGAUUUCAUUUCCAUUCCCACCACCGCUCCACCAGUAUAGUUUAUUUCUUACAUGCUGCCGAAGAAAUCAUUUGAAAAAAUAUUUUGCCUUUCAGGUAGAGUCAUUGACAUGGUUGUUCCGCGUCCUCACGACGACACCAUCACGGACGCGGACAGGCUCCGCGGUGUGGGGUAUGGUUUUAUCGAAUUUGCCGACGUGGUGUCGUCCAGUAAGGCAAAACGCGACUUCGACGGGCGAAAAUUCGGGGACUUCACGAUGGAAGCGAAUUUUUUCAACGUGAAAUUGUGGCAAGAUCGGGACUUCAAGUCUGUGAAACCCAACACGGAGGCGGAGCCGGUAAUACACGCGAAUGAGGAGGAAAUGGACAUUUCUUCAAGUGGGUGACGACGAGUCAUCAUCUACUCUUCAUCUAUCUUCGGAAGAUGAACAGAAGGAACCAUGAUUUUUCCCAACCCGUAUUCAAACAUUCUUCCAAUUAACAGCGACUGGCGAUACUAGAUUGAUGACAACACAAACUCUUGCGACCACUUCUUGAGAAAUGGCUCCUGGUACUGCUCGCGCAAGUGCGAAGUGAAGUAUCAGCGUGAUCCGAC